CGUACGUUCUUACUGAUGGCAUUCAUUUGAUAUCGGUGCUGUGGUUGAAAUUUGAUUCCUCGGUGUGUAAUAUGUAUUUUUAUAUGUUUACUACCUUUGUCGAGGGUAUUAAAGUGCCUUGCUUAAAGGAUCAACAGAAUUUGGGUUAUUUGUGGUCACUGCACAUAUAGACAAACAUCUGAUUCUAGAUACUCAAUAUUGUUAAGCAAUUUUAUUGUUUCCAUAAAAGAGUUUUGGAAUGUUAGUCAGGUUUCUUUAUCUUACAGUUUUUAUUCCUACAUGUUUGGCAGCGACUAUCCAUUCAUAAGUUUAUGGAUACUGGUUCAGGAAGUUCUAAACAGUUUUUUUUAUCAUCUUGACAUUUUACCAUUUUCCGUCUGCUUUAAGCGAUUUAAGGGAAUCAAUUUAAAGGGUUCGUUAAUUCUAAUAAUACAUGAUGAACAUUGUGGUAAUAAGUUUUAAGUGAGGUUGCUGGUGUGUCAAAUUGUCUCUGUGAUAUUUUUUUCAGUUUCUAUCCUGUUUUGUGAAUAUUUUUUUCUCUUACAAUUUUUUUUCUUAUUAUUUGCAACGCGUUACCCCUCCAUGAAUUCACUGUUGCGGCUUGGUGUUGUCUGUCACAUUAAAAUGUUUUGUGUUGUGUUCCUCAGUUAUCUUAUAAUAAAAUAAAUCUAUUUUGAAAGGUUGGAAUUGACACCGAAUUUCAAACCUUUGUUGAAACUUUUAGAGAAGGCGUCCUAAAGUUAACUAGCUUUGAGUUGGAAAAGGGUAUUCUUGCUUCAUUAAUUAUGUAGCAACUUUCGUGUUUCAAGUAUUGUUUUUUCUUCGAUGUUUGGAUUGCUAUUCUGCAGGGUUUCGUCCAAGACGCUUGGUGUCAGUAUAAUAACAAACUAUAUCUCUGUGUGCUUGUAUGGUUUAGACUACACCCAUCUCUUUCCUAUCCAGUUAUUGCAGCCAGGUCGUUAUUUUGAACGCCGGCGAAUUUCACAUUUUAUCUGGCAGAUAUCUUUCAGAAUGGUGUCAUUCUGAAAACGAAUGCGUAGGAAUAAUUUCAUUUUUAGCACAUGUGAAAAGUUUUUUCCGGGGCGUUUUACGGUUUUUUCCCAGUUAUUUGUUCCCGUUCCCGUCAUGGAACAAAGACGAUCAUCCACACGGAGAGGGCAGACAAAAUGGACUUCAAUAAUAAUGUUUUUGAUAUCGGUGUGGAGCAGCUCUUCAGCGCAAUUCCGUUAUUCUCUCCUCGAAGAAGCUCCAGAAGGAACAAUUGUUGGAAACAUUGGAAAGGAUUUAGGUCUUGAUAACACUCUGCGGAAAGAAAGGGGCAUGCGUAUUGUUUACGGGUCGAAAGAGCCUCCUUUUAUAGUCAAGCAGGACGAUGGUGUCUUGUGCGUGAACGGAAAAAUUGACCGGGAGGAAAUCUGCGAUCGAAGAAAGGACUGCCUUGUUGACUUAAAACUGGUGCUUCAAAACCCGCUGGAGAUUAAUCAUGUCAUUGUGGAGAUUCUGGAUGUUAAUGACCAUUCACCAAUAUUCCAGCAAAAAGAAAACAUCUUGGAGGUUUCUGAGUCUGCGUUGCCAGGAGCAAAAUUCCAGUUGCAAGCUGCGCGGGAUGCUGAUAGUGGUUUAUUAUCUGUUCAGCAAUACAGGUUAAGUCAAAAUAGACAUUUUCGAUUAGAGGUGAAAGAUCGUGGUGAAGACCGUAAAACGCCUAGUUUGGUUCUCGAAAAGCCCCUUGACAGAGAAACAGUUAAAAGUCACGUGUUACUUUUGACAGCAUUAGAUGGAGGUAAACCUCCACGAUCUGGUAACAUGACAAUAGUCGUUAAUGUUUCUGAUGUUAAUGAUAAUCCGCCCGUUUUCAGUCAGGAAUCAUACACUGUGUCAUUAAAAGAAAACUCCCCUGUUGGGAUGACGGUGAUCCAAGUUAGCGCAACAGAUUUAGAUGAGGGAUCAAACGGGCAGGUUGAAUAUUCAUUUGGAAACGACGUGGAUGCACAGGUACGUGAACGUUUUAAUAUAAAUCAUGAGAAUGGAGUCAUUGUUGUAUCAGGAACCAUAGAUUUCGAGGAAUGUAGCAGAUAUGAAAUUGAUGUCCAGGCAUCCGAUAAAGGCACAGCAACGCUGAACACAGAAACGAGUGUGAUAAUCAAUAUUGUUGAUUUAAAUGACAAUGAACCAGAGAUUGAAGUGACGUCAUUUUCUCAAGCACUCCCAGAAGACUCAAAGCCAGGGACAACAGUGGCGCUCAUUAGUGUAAAAGAUGCUGAUUCGGGUCUGAACGGAAAAGUUAUGUGUUACAUAAAUCCAGAUCUUCCCUUCCACUUAACUCCUUCCUUAAAGAAUAAUAUAUAUUCUUUAGUAACUAAAACUAGUCUAGACAGAGAACAGACAUUUCAAUACAACGUAUUAAUAGUUGCGAAGGAUGCAGGAGAACCAAGCUUACAUUCAGAAAUAAAUAUUAUAGUAGAUAUAUCUGAUGCAAAUGACAAUUUUCCCGAAUUUUCUAAAAAUCCAUACACAUUUUAUAUUCGUGAGAAUAACACCCCAGGUGAGAAAAUUAUUUCUGUAACAGCCUGCGAUAAAGACAAAGGAAGUAAUGCAAUUAUUUCAUAUCAAAUUUUGAAAGACAGAGAAGUAACAAAUACGCAAAUCCCUUCUGUAAAUAUUAAUUCUGAAACUGGGGACAUAGUGGCGCUGAAAAGUUUCGACUUCGAAACUCUGAAAACUUUCCAGUUCCAAGUUGUCGCCACUGAUUCUGGGACUCCGUCACUCAGCAGCAACGUCACAGUGAACGUGUUCAUUCUAGAUCAGAACGACAACGCUCCAGUCAUCCUUUAUCCACUCAGCUCCAAUGGUUCUGCUGAAGGUGUGGAGGAGAUUCCACGCAACGUGAACGCAGGACACUUGGUGACUAAAGUCAGAGCCUAUGACGCUGAUAUAGGAUAUAAUGGCUGGUUGCUGUUUUCAAUGAGGGAAAUUUCUGACCACAGUCUGUUUGGUUUGGACCGCUACACUGGACGGAUCAGAACACUUCGCUCAUUCACAGAGACAGACGAGGCUGAACAUAAACUGGUCAUAAUGGUCAAAGAUAAUGGAAACGUUUCACUAUCAGCAACAGCUACUGUGAUUGUCAAACUGGUGGAGCCAAAAGAAGGCUUUUGCAGCUUCUGAUGUCAAAAGUGCAGCAACGGAUGAUGAAGAUAAUAAUG